CUUAAGGCCGCCGGCUGCUCAGGGACGAGCGCAGGCGCAGCGGACAGCUUACCUGUAGCAGGUGCUCCUCUUUCCUGGGAGCAGCGCGGACUGUAGUCGCCUCUGCAGGGGAAAGAUGCUGCGGGAACGGACCGUGCGGCUGCAGUACGGGAGCCGCGUGGAGGCGGUGUACGUGCUGGGCACGCAGCUCUGGACCGAUGUCUACAGUGCAGCCCCUGCCGGGGCCAAAACCUUCAGCCUGAAGCACUCGGAGGGUGUGAAGGUGGAGGUAGUACGUGAUGGAGAGGCAGAGGAGGUGGUCACCAACGGCAAACAGCGCUGGGCCCUGUCACCCAGCACUACACUGCGGCUCAGCAUGGCCCAGGCCAGCACGGAGGCCAGCAGUGACAAGGUCACCGUCAACUACUAUGAAGAGGAAGGCAGCGCCCCCAUUGACCAGGCUGGGCUCUUCCUCACGGCCAUUGAGAUCUCACUGGAUGUGGACGCAGACCGGGAUGGAGAGGUGGAGAAGAACAAUCCCAAGAAGGCAUCCUGGACCUGGGGUCCUGAGGGCCAAGGGGCCAUCCUACUGGUGAACUGUGACCGAGACACGCCCUGGUUGCCCAAGGAGGACUGUAGUGAUGAAAAGGUCUACAGCAAGCAAGACCUCCAGGACAUGUCUCAGAUGAUCCUGCGGACCAAAGGCCCUGACCGCCUGCCCGCCGGGUACGAAAUAGUCCUCUACAUUUCCAUGUCGGACUCGGACAAAGUAGGCGUGUUCUACGUGGAGAACCCAUUCUUCGGCCAGCGCUACAUCCACAUCCUGGGCCGGCAGAAGCUCUACCACGUGGUCAAGUACACCGGUGGCUCUGCGGAGUUGCUGUUCUUCGUGGAAGGCCUCCGUUUCCCCGACGAGAGUUUCUCAGGCCUGGUUUCCAUCCACGUCAGUCUGCUGGAGUAUAUGGCCGAGGGCAUCCCAUUGACACCCAUCUUCACAGACACUGUGACGUUCCGGAUUGCGCCGUGGAUUAUGACGCCCAACAUCCUGCCUCCUGUGUCAGUGUUCGUGUGCUGCAUGAAGGACAAUUACCUGUUCCUGAAAGAGGUGAAGAACCUGGUGGAGAAAACCAACUGUGAACUGAAAGUUUGUUUCCAGUACAUGAAUCGCGGUGACCGCUGGAUCCAGGAUGAAAUCGAGUUUGGCUACAUUGAAGCACCCCACAAAGGCUUCCCAGUCGUGCUGGACUCCCCUCGAGAUGGGAACCUGAAGGACUUUCCCAUUAAGCAACUCCUGGGCCCGGAUUUUGGCUAUGUGACCCGGGAGCCCCUCUUUGAGACUGUCACCAGCCUCGAUUCCUUCGGGAAUCUGGAGGUCAGUCCCCCAGUGACCGUGAACGGCAAGGCAUACCCGCUCGGCCGGAUCCUCAUCGGGAGCAGUUUCCCUCUGUCUGGAGGCAGGAGGAUGACCAAGGUGGUGCGUGACUUCCUGCAGGCCCAGCAGGUGCAGGCCCCGGUGGAACUCUACUCCGACUGGCUGACUGUAGGCCACGUCGAUGAGUUUAUGACCUUCGUCCCCAUCCCAGGCAAAAAGGAAUUUCGGCUGCUCAUGGCCAGCACCUCCGCCUGCUACCAGCUCUUCCGAGAAAAGCAAAAGGAAGGCCAUGGGGAAGCCAUCAUGUUCAAGGGACUGGGGGGCAUGAGCAGCAAACGCAUCACCAUCAACAAGAUCCUGUCCAAUGAGAGCCUCACACAGGAAAACCAGUACUUCCAGCGCUGUCUGGACUGGAACCGUGACAUCCUGAAGAAGGAGCUGGCACUGACGGAGAAGGACAUCAUUGACCUGCCCGCUCUCUUCAAGAUGGAUGAAGAGCGCCAGGCCAGGGCUUUCUUCCCUAACAUGGUGAACAUGAUUGUGCUAGACAAGGACCUGGGCAUCCCCAAGCCUUUUGGACCCCAAGUCGAGGAGGAGUGCUGCCUAGAGACACAUGUCCGGGGACUGCUGGAGCCCCUGGGCCUCGCCUGCACUUUCAUCGAUGACAUCUCCGCCUACCACAAGUUCCUGGGAGAGGUUCAUUGUGGCACCAACGUGCGCAGGAAGCCCUUCGCCUUCAAGUGGUGGCACAUGGUGCCCUGACUGCCAGGGGGUCCUGGCCUUUCCUCCUCCCCUGCAACCUCUGGGUCCUUCCUGUGUCCCCAAGUCCUUCCCCUACAAGAAGGGGGUGGGACUGGGGAUAUACGUGCCUUGCUGUCCCCUGGAGAAGGACCUCAAUGUCCACUGAAGCCACCCCAAGUAAGCCCAACCAUCCCCCACCCGAGACUAGCUGGACGUGUGGUUAGUGUACAGAGCCCCGGCAGGGAAAAGCGGGCGUUAGCAAAUCACGUUGUCAGACUGCCCCCAGGAAUUCUCAGCCUCUACUCCAGGUCAGAAUGAGGGGAGAGAGAAGGGGGGCUCUGGGGUCCUUGGCUCUCCCAGCACCCAUCUGAGAAUCAAGGGAGACCAUGAGCGAGGACCAGGGCCAGGGUCCUGGCGUACCUUGGAUGGUACCAUCACUUCAAGCUCACCCCGCUCCGGGCCUCCUGGUGACUCCCUGCACCCGUUCAUUCCUUACAGCUUCCUGUACACACUGCGGGUCCCCACUCCCUGAGGGUCCAAUCGUUCAGCUUAGAAUCUUCCAGAAUUAGGUCUUAAGCAGAGGAGAUUUCUUCACUUUCUGGGGGGAGGAGGAGGUCUCAGACUAGCCUCCAGGGCCCAAAGUUCAGUAUAUGAAGAUGUACCUGCCUGUCAAAGCUAUUUCUGUUCUUUUACCUGGUCUUCAAUUCUCUGGCCAGUCCGUGGGCCUCUCUUCCCAUUGUUGUCUAUUUUGGACACUGACCCUCCUAUUCUGGACAUUGCCCUCCAGCAGCUACACAGUUUCUUUGCCACCAGCCAGAUCCAGGCCUCCCGAGAGCCUGAGAAGUAGCCGAUCUCUCUUCCAAGGACGCUGGCCAUGUUCCAGCCUCAGUGAUGACUUACCAGCUAGCUACUGCUCCCGAGGUAGAAUUUCCCAGCAUGCUCUCCCAAGGCCUUCCAUCCAGAUACAGGCAAAUCUAUCUCCUCUGCUUCAGUUAGAAAGGCCCCCAGAAGCUGUAGAGAUGGCUCUGCAAUUAAAAAUGCUUCCUGCUCUUGAAGAGGACCCAACCAAGUUCAGUUGCCAACACCCACCACUGUCUGUAACUCCAGAUCCAGAGGCUCCAAUACCCUUUUCUGGUCCCUGCGGGUACUGCACACAUGUGCACAAACCCAUACACAUAAAUAAAUUUGUUAGGGUCUGGAGAGAUGGCCCAGUGGUUAAGAGCACUUGCUGCCCUUGUAGAGAACCGGGGUUCGGGUCUCAGCACCCAAGUGGUGGCUCAAAACUACCUAUAACUCUAGUUCCAGGGGGUCCAGUGCUCUCUUCUGACCUCCAAGAGCUUCAUAGAUGGGUCACAUAUACACACUCAAGCACACAUACAAGUAAGGUAAAAAAAAAAAAAAACGAUACUUAAAAAAUAAAAAGUAUUUUUUAGAAUAAAGAAGGUCCGUUAAGGCCAAGAAGACAGGAAAUAUUAAUUCUAUUUUGAAGGAUUAAACAGUCCCAUUU